UACCGGCUUCAUCCAGAAUUAUAUUACUGCGUGAACCUCUAGUCGCUUUCUUUUGCAGGAACUUUAAGCGUUAUAUUGGUAUUGGUAUAUUCAUGCUUGAAAAUUGCUUCGGUGCAGUUUUACUUGUCGUGAAAAUUAAUUUUGAUGCUCUAUUUUUUUAUUAAUGUGCAAUAUGACAUUAAUACUCAGGCUACAGUCCGGACGUGCAGCUAAAAUUUUCCAUUUGAUAUCGUGCAAGUUUAUUAGUAACUUACACGUAAGGGCGAAUUUGUGCAUUCAGCUACACAUUUUCUUGCAGAUUUCUUCAGACUUGUUUAAAAUGUGUAAAUCGCCUCUCCACUUUGGAAACUUGUUCGGAAUGAAACUCUCAUGAGGGGUCUUUCCAGCUGUUUAGUGACGUCACUACACUCCGCGACCGUAACCCCGCCUACCAGGGGCGGGGCCAAAAUUGUAAACAUUAAUAAAAAGAUGCGCUUGCCGGGAAACUUUACAAAUCGGCAGUGCUCGAAAACAACGCUUCGCAGGCCGGUAGACACACGCUUAUCAGCCUCGAAGGGAAAUUAUACUUUUGGAUAUAUCGUAUUUCACAUUUUCAAGGAUUCUGCUCUUGGUUCUGACAGGUUCCGAAGAUGUUGCAGGGUUGUUCUCCGUCGCACGACUGGCUUUGCGAGUCCGAGCCGCUGCUUUUCGACGACGAGUUUUGCCAGAGUCUCAUGAAGGACUUGCAGUCCAUCCCCACGCCGCCCCAGUCCCCUCCGAUGAAACAGGGGUAUGGAAAGUCUCUGUCCACCGUGGAUCAGUUGGAGUUGGUAUCGGAACUUUUAAUGGAAGAUAGCGACUUUCUCCAUCUGGACUGGAAUUGUGAUUUUACCGGCGCAAGCAUCGCUGCAGCCGCCGCAGCGGUGGACGACCCGCUCUCGGAAGACUGCCUGUGGCACACUGACGGAGAUAAACCGAACGAGGAUAAACUGGCGUCGGUCCUCUCCACGAGUCCCUUGCUCUCCGAUAUCGACACUCAGAUUUUUGCCGAAAUUGCCGGCUCUACGCUGGAUUGCCACAAUGUGGCGCUCGCUUGCCAGGCUUUGGAGAGUGAGGAUUUACCCCUGGACAGCCAGGAACAGAUCGAGUCAACAUCUGAUUAUGGUUCACUGUCCACUGGAGGAGAAUCAUCUACAAGCGAUUCUGAGGAGGAAAUUGACGUUGUGACGGUCAGGCGGUCGAGUACGCUAACACGGUCGCAACACCAGCAGCAGUUGGAGGACAAUCGCCGGGAUCAGCAGCUUGCUCUCAAGCGCUGUCACUUUGAAAUUCAACAACAGCACAACUACGCCGCCCCGCGGCCCGCCUCUCCGCCUCCCCCGCCCUCUCCUUGCGCCGCCCCACCUCUCAAACGCUCCCGAGGGGCCGGAGAAUCCCACCGGAACACACACAGUUCAGGGCGCUCUCGCACCCUCGCAUCUCGGCAGAGUGCGGACACCGAGGACGAGGAGGAAAGACGGCGUACGCACAACGUGAUGGAGAGGCAACGGCGCAACGAGUUAAAGAACUGCUUCCUCAGGCUACGGGAUAACGUCCCUGAACUUUCCAACAACGACAAAGCUUCUAAAGUCAUCAUAUUGAAGCGAGCGAAAGAAAGCAUCAGGAAUCUGGAAUCGGAGAACCAGAGACUUGCUCAGAAGAGAGACAAACUUGGACAAAGGCAAGAACAGCUGAGAGCCAGACUUGAACGGCUCAAGAGAUUGUGAAUGUCUGAGACUAAACUUUGCCAGUUUGGGCACCAAAUGACUGCAAUAGAGGUGCUGCAAACUUGCAAAUCAACGCUUGUGACUGGCUGUAAAGAAAAGACCUCAGAUCUCUGAGGAUAUUCAGGAUUUGUCUGCUGUUUGUUUCCGUUUAGAAACAUGCAUGGUCAAUGCAAGAAAUUUUCUCAGUGGCGUGACUGCGCUCUGACAAACUCUUGUUCUUGAGUCUUAAUAUAAAAAUUGUUUCAUAUACUGUAUGUUUGAAGAGGAAUUGCCAGUUAAAAGCAUUAUAGUUAGCUUUUAGGCAAAUAACCCUAGAUUAUCAUCAUACAUUCUACCUUUUUGUUGGCAUACAUGCUUUUUUUUUUUUUUUUCUUGUAAUAUUUUGGGCUGGAUCCAAUUAUUAUUAUUAUUUUUUAAAAGGUUCACUGUAAUGUAAAUGAUUACAUUUGCAUAGACCUAAAGUUUGCAUUCAGUGUUGCUGUUCAAACUGGAACGACUAAAUCAGAAUAUCGGAUUUCAUGCAUAGUUUGUCAUGUUGAGGGAUGUAUUCAUACUUGAAUCACACUCUUGUUUUUGACUCCAUUUGUCUUGUAUUUCCUCUGUAUUAUGUGUUCCCUCCUGGUUUUUUGUUUUUGUUUAUAUCUACCUCUACCAGGAAGAAACCUGGCUAUUUUAUUGCCUUCAUAAUGGCAACUAUAUAGAAUGGUUUUUUUUUUUUUUUUUUUUUUUCCUCAUGUAAAUACCUCUUGUUAAUUAUGUAUCAUAAAUUAUUUAGGCUUUUUCUUUAGGUUCAUUUGCAGGUUUUGGGGAAAAAAAAUGUUCUUGUUCUUUUUCAGCUGCACUUUGUUUUUAUAAAGUAAUAAAGAAUAGGCAAGAUAACAUGUUUAGUGUUCAGAUUUUACUUUUUUUAUUUGCACAAUAUCGCUUAAACCAUAAGAAUAAAAACAUUUUAGAGGAA